AUGCAGGAAGACUUCGACAGCAGCUUCGCUGCUGCUGCUGCUGCUGCUGCUACUGCAACAGCACAGCAAGCCACUACAGCAGCAGCAAACGGUCCAGUCGCGGCCCUGCAGCUGCAGCCCCAUGUCUAUGCUGACGCCCGCACAAGCAGCAGCAGCAGCAGCAGCAGCAGCAGCAGCAGCAUGACACCUCAGUGCUGCGUGUACACCUCAGCCUAUAGGGCCGCUGGAGAGCUGCGGUGUCUGGCGAUUGGAGCAGCAGCAGCAGAUGUUGCUGUUGCAGCAGCAGCAACUCGCAGCCUCGUCGCGCAUGCACUUGGCGUGUACGUUGAGCUGCUGCGCCUCACCUGCCAGCAACUAAGUCCGGAAGUGCAGCAGCAGCAGGACCCGCAGCAGCAGCAGCAGCAGCAGCAGCAGCAGGAGCGUUAUCUGCAGCAGCACACGCCGAAGCAGCAAACCAACGGCAAGGACACGGCUCCAGCAGUCCCGCCACUACUUGCUAUCGAAAGUGCAGCGUCAGCAGCAACAGCAACGACAUCAGCAGCAGCAGAAGCAGCAGCAGCAGCAGCAGCAGAAGCAGAAGCAGUAGAAGCUGCCUGCGCUUCGUGCAGCCGCUGCAGCUGCGCUGGUUGCUUCGGAAUAUCAGUUGGUCUUGCUGCGGCUGCUGCUGCCCCGUCUGUUGAUGCUUCGUUCGAAGCAGCAGAAAUGGCAGCAGCAGCAGCAGCAGCAGCAGCAGCAGCAGCAACUUCUGUUACAGGCGAUUCUCUGGGCUGUCUGCGGGUGCUGCUCAAAGGGGCUUGCUGCAGCAUCCGCUGUGCCACAUAUGAAGGAAGCAGCACAGCCGUCGGCAGCAGCAGCAGCAACAGCAGCCGGAGCAGCAGCAGGAACAGCGGCAGCAGCAGCAGCAGGAUACGAGGCGCCUUCGCUCCAGAUGUGCGGCCCGUCUUCAACGGAGGCAGAAGCAGCAGCAGCAGCAGCAGCAGCAGCAGCAGCGACUCGCUGCUGCUCUUCUUUGAGCUAUACGCCUCCGUCAGCAGCGGCAGCGCGACGCUGCUGCUGCUGCCGGGGCCCCGCGAAGUGUCUCUCUUUGCUGCAGCACAUCAGCCGCAGGAGCUGCUGCUGCAGCAAUACGCUUCUCCAGCAGCAGCAGCAGGUGCAGCAGCAGCUGCUGCUGAGGCGCUAAUUCGGGGCAGCAGAAACAGAACUUCUUCGCUGCGUUUGCCUCUGCCGCCAACGCCCCAACAACAGCAGCAGCACCAGCAGCAGCACCAGCAGCAGCAGCAGCAGCAGCAGCAGCAGCAGCAGCAGCAGCGGCAGCGCUUAAACACUAUUCAGCAGCAAGACACAACGGCGAAGGAGCCUCUGGUGCUGCUGUGCAUGCGGUUCGUUGUGAGGCAUGCCUCGCAGCAGCAACGCCCCCACUACAGCAGCAGCAGCAGCAGCAGCAGCAGCAGCAGCAGUCCCCUCGCAACAAGCUUCGCUUCUUUUGGUCUCCACGAAGGUCUGCUGUUUUUGCUGCCGCCGCCCCCUUUCCGGUCGUUUUUGCCGCUGCAGCAGCAGCUGCUGCAGCAAGUGACGCAAGGUGCUGCAGCAGCAGACAGGGACUCUGCUGCAGCGCGGCGCUGCCGCCAGCUGCAGCUGCUGCGGGCCGAGGCGGCUUCUGGAGCAUCACUGCAGCAGCCCCUUUUGUUUUUUCGAGUCCGCAGCAGCAGCAGCAGCAGCAGCAGCAACAGCUGCAACUGCCUGUUGCUGCACCCGGAGGUUGUUGCCCUGCUGCUUAGCUGCAGCAGCACGCUGCAGCAGGAAGCUGCCGCGGUUGCAGCCGCAGGUGCUGCUGCCUCAGCAGCAGUGGCUGCUGCUGCUGCUGCUGCUGCUGCAACGAGCCCAGCAGCAGCAGCUCUCUCCACCCAAGCAAACGAGAGCCCCCGGAGCCGACUUGGGCGCUACGCUAGCAGGAACAGCAGCAGCAGCAGCAGCACCGGCAGCAGCAGACGCGGAACGACUGCAGCAGCAGCAGCAGCAGCAGCGGCGAGCAGGCUGUGGCCCUUGCUGCUGCUGAACCCCGUAGCUGACUGCCAGCUGCCUGAGUUGCUGCUGUGCCUCUGCAGGUCUCCCGGCGGCGCAGCAGCAGCAGAAGCAACAGCAGCAGCAACAGCAGCAGCAGUUGAUGACAGCAAGCUGCUGUGUCUGCUGCUGCCGAGCAUCAUCUGGGAAGGACGCUUGCUGCGCUGUGGGGCCCUCCGCGUGUGGGGGCGCCAACCCCUGCUGCAGCAGCAGCGAGGGCAAGAAGAGCAGCAGCAGCAGCAGCAGCAGCAGCAGCAGCAGCAGCAGCAGCCAGACAACCACCAACAGCAGCAGCCAGAGUGCUGGCAGCAACGCGCUGAAAUUGGGCCGCUGCUAGUGCAGCUGAGCACUCUGAGCUGCUGCUGGUCAUCAGAUCGCAGCAGUUCUCGUGAGGAGGCAGCUGCAGCAGCAGCAGCAGCAGCAGCAGCAGCAGCAGCAGCGCCUGCUGCUGCCACAGCGACGACGCUGCGGGUAGUGCUGCACUGGGAGAAGGAGCUGCUGCUGCAUGCAGCAGAAGCAGAUGCUGCUAGCCUCCUGCUUUGGUGGCAGCAGCUGCGCAGCAAAUGGACACUUGCGGGCAUUACGGAGGAGCAGCAGCAGCAGCAGCAGCAGCAAAGUACGUGCAGCGGCAGCACGGGCCAGUGCGCCGUAGCUGGAGACAGGAGCUACCACGGAAGCAGCAGCAGCAGCAGCAGCAGCAGCAGCAGCAGCAGCAGCAGAAACAGCACCACUUUGUGGCAGCAGAUCGGGGUGGAGGCAACCAGCGUUUUCGCUGUGCAGUUGCUAGUGUCUCAACAGCUGCAGCAGCAGCAGCAGCAGCAGCCAUGGGGCUUGACUCUGGGACUUGGCAGGGCACAGCUGGAGCUCUACAAGCCCCCAAAGUCCUUCAGCAGCAGCAGCAGCAGCAGCAGCAGCAGCAGCUACAUGCCCGCGCUGCUCAGUGGCUGGCGCUUGCUUUUGAGUCGUCCGUACGCUGCACUGUUGCAGCCGCAGCAGCAGCAGCAGCAGCAGCCGCAGCAGCAGCAGCUGCUGCUGCUGCUACAGCAGCAUGCCCACCGGCAAGUCUUCGGCGUGUUCGCUGCAGCAGCAGACGCCGCUGCUGCUGCUGCUGUCACGAAAGAUGCAGCAGCGGCAGCUGGGGCGCUGCUGCUGCAUGCAGAAGAAGAAGUGACGGCCCCUCAGUUCAGCAGCACUUCCUUGCCUAUUGUUUCUGCUGCGUCUGCGUCUGCUGUGAGCAGCAGCAGCAGCAGCAGCAGCAGCAGCAGCAGCACUGAAAGCAGCACCUGCUCCAGCAGCUGGUGGCUUGCUGUUUCUGCUGAACGGAGGAAAGGCCUUGCGGCGAUUCACAAGUGCCCGCAGCAGCAGCAGCAGCAGCAGCAACAGCAGCAGCAGCAGCAAGACAGACAUGCUUCCAGUUGGUGUCUCCUCGAUGGAGAAGCGGUCCUGCAGCAAACCACGUGGGGAGUUGUGCUGCUGCCAGUAACGUUGCAGCUGCCUGCAGUUGCUGCUGCUGCAGUCUGCUCAAUCCUGGGCUCUUUUGCAGCAGCCGCUGCUGCUGCUGCCGCUGCUGCUGCUGCUGUGGCACCUCCAGGACUGGAUGCUGUCAAGGUACUUUCUGUGGAGCUCCUGAGGCAGAGGCUGCAGCUCCAGACAGCGGGAGCCGCGGCUGCCGCUGCUGCUGCUGCUGCUGCUGCUGCUGGCGUUGUUGCAACAGCUGCAGCAGCUGCAGCAGCUGAAACACACGCGGAGCUGCCGCUGCUGCAACGCAGCAGCUGGGAAGUCCGCUGUGGCAAUUUGGCUCUUCACUUGCCUGUUUCUUCUGCAGCAGCAGGAAACGAGGAAGCAGCAGCAGCAGCAGCAGCGAACCCAGAGGCAGCAGCAGGAAGCCUGGUGGUCACGGUGGCGGACUUUUUUGCAUCUGUUGUUUCCCUCCGUGCGUACCAUCAGCAGCAGCAGCAGCAGCAGCAGCAAGACGGUCACAUGGUCCAGCAGCAGGAGCUGCUGCUGCUGGCAAACGUCAGUGCUGCUGCUUCAGCUCCAGCGGCAGCAGCAGCAGCAGAAACAGGAGCAGCAGAAACACUCUUUAGCUGCGGUGAUCGGCUAUUCAUACACCCCGUCAGUCUUCGCAUUCACAAGUCAGAGAAGAGCAGCAGCAGCAGCAGCAGCAGCAGCAGCAGGCUCGAAGAGUGCUGCUGCUGCACUGCGUUGCUGCGGUCUUGCUGCUGCGACGCUUGCGGCAGGUGCAGCCACGUCUUAGGAGAGUUUGCUUGUGGGACCCACAGGCCGCUGCAGUGCGAGCAGCAGCAGCAGCAGCAGCAGCAGCAGCAGCAGCAGCAGCAGCAGCAACUUUUGCAGGUCUCUCGAAGUCUCCCCCUUGGCUGCCGUUUGCAUGCGCAUGCCUCUGCAGUGUACGUGGACCUCAGCGACCAGGCAGUGCUGCUGCUUUUGCUGCAGCUGCUGCAUCAGAUCCGGAGGCAUGCUGCAGCAGUAGCAGCAGCAGCAGAAGCUGCAGCAGCAUGCGCUGUUUCCGUACCUGACAGCAGUGAUAUUGCUUCUACCAUUGUGCUUGAAGGCGAUGUGCAGCAGCAGCAGCAGCAGCAGGAGCAGCAGCAGCAGGCACAACAGCUUCAGCAGCAUGAGCAGCAGCAGCACAUGCAGCAGCUGCAACGACAAGAGCAGCAGCAGGAACUGCUUCUGCAAGCAGAUGCACUUGAAGUGCUGGUGGCCUCUCCCUGUGCAGCAGCAACAGCAGCAGUUGCUGCAGCACCAGCAGCAGCAGCAGGAUACAAGGAGGGCGCUGCUGCAGCCCCUGUUGAUUUGCUGUGGUGUGGAGACGCCGUGUCAACAGCCUGCAGCAGCAGCAGCUGCAGCAGCAGCAGCCACAGCCGCAGCAGCAGCUGCGGUCUAUGUAGGAGCAGCAGACGCUCAGGCAGAAGGCCAGCAGCAACAGCAGCAGCAGCAGCAGCAGCAGGUGCAGACAGCUCUGCAGCGGACACACAAGCUGCAGCAGCAGCAGAACACGAGAAAAGGGAGCCUUUGGCUCAGUUGCUGCAGCGAGUGGCAGCUGACCGAAUUUGCAUGCGUCGUUUGCUGCUGCGCAAUGGAGUGCAGCUUCCUGUUGCUGCUGCUGCUGCUUCUGCUGCUGCUGCCAUUGAUGACUGCGCACCAAUCGCUCUGAGAGCUGUGGGGCUGCAGCUGCAGCAAAGCAGCAGCAGCAGCAGCAGCAGAAGCAGCAAUUGCAGAAGCUGCAGCACACGAUUUUCCUUGCAGACUCUUGUGCUGCAGCUCGGCAGAUCUGCUCUGGUGUCUGUACACCCAGCAGCAGCAGCAGCAAGUGCGACAAAGAAGAAGCAAAGGAAGCAACAGCAGCAGCAGCAGCAGCAGCAGCAGAUGUCAUGCGGCAUUGAGGUGACGUGGACACUAGCUCCUGGCCCAGAGACAGCAACAGCAGCAGCAGCAGCAGCAGCAACAGCAGCAGCAGCAGCGGCAGCUCAGCGGACAGUUUGCCUCAACAGCGUGGCCCUCGUGCUGCACCCGCAUGCAGCGCAGCAGCAGCUGCUGCAGCUAUCCAAGAGUCGCACUUUGCUGCUGCUGCAGCGAGCUUUCGAACCAAUAGAUGUGGGCAAGGCAAUACAGCAAGAGCACUCAAAGCAGCAGCAGCAAAGACCGGAGCAGCAGCAGCAGCAGCAAAGACAGCAGUGCCAGCAGCAGGUGGACAAGCUCUUCGUAGAUUUCCUGCUGCUGCAUGCGGCAGAAGGCAGCAGCAGCAGCGAUCUCAGGGCUUUGCGGCUGCUGCUGCACCAGGGGGCUGCAGUCAUUUGGCCUCCACAGGAGCAGCAGCAACAGCAGCGCCAGGUGGAAAAGACGCAGCAAGUGCAGCAGCAGCAGGAAGAGCAGCAGCAGCAGGAGGAGCAGCAGCAGCAGCAGCAUCACGCCGUAGAGCUUUGCGAGCUGCAGCGACGGCAGCACUCAUUCGCUGCGUAUAUGUGCAAGCCAUCUGCUGCUGCUGCAGCAGCAGCAGCAGGCAGCAGCAGCUCGCGCACCGUAGACGUUAUUGCUGCUGCCGUGUCGCUUUGCUGCUGGGCUGCAGCAGCACCGCUGCAGCACCUGCCGCUGCUGCCGCCAGUGCGGCUGAGUGGCACGGUGUCUAUACACCACAACAAGGCUCUGGCAGCAGCAGCAGCAGCAGCAGCAGCAGCAACGGGAUAUCUGCCCGUUGCUGCUGCUGGGGAGGGUGCAGCAGCAGCAGCUGCUGCCCAGCUUGCAUGCACUUGCCUGCGGCGACUGUACAUCUCAGCGGGCCUAAGCCUUCAUCAGGCCUCACCAGUUAGUGGGCAAGCAGCAGCAGCAGCAGCAGCAGCAGCAGCAGCAACAGCAACAACAGAAGCAGCAACAGCAGCGACAACUGCGGCCGUAGUGGCUGAUGGUGGCGCUGCUGCUGCUCCUGCUGCUGCUGCUGCUGCUUCAUACACCGAAGGAGCUGCUGAGUUUCAGGUGUCUCCCGUGCUGCUGCGUCUGUCUCCUUGGAAGCUGCAGCUGCUGCUGCAGACCAUCGCUGGGGUGAGAGACAUGGCUGCUGCUGCUGCUGCUGCUGCUGUUGGCACUGCAACUGCUGCUUCCGUGCCCAUGGAAAAAGAGACCGGCGCUGCUGCUGCGCCAGAAGCAGCAGCAGCAAAAGCCGCAGCAACAGCAACGGCUGCAGAGCCCGCAGACUGGCAGCUGCUUCCUUUCAAGCUUCCUCUGCAGCAGCCUGGCUCAGCAGCAGCAGCAGCAGCAGCAGCAGCAGCAACACCACCACCACCAACAGCAGCAGCGAGAGAAGGUCACGGGAGGUCUGGCUGCGCCUGCCUGCAGCUGCGCGUUGCUGCAGUUCCCAGCAAUUUCUGCAGUGACGAAGAAGCAGAGGCUGCUGCUGCUGCUGCUGCACUCGACUGCAUGCAUGCAGUCUUCCGCAGCCUCCCUGCAGCAGCAGCUACUGCAGCAGCAGCAGCUGAGCAGCAGGAGCCGCAGGAGCUGCUACAGGUGCUCCUUUGCCUGCCCAGACCUGCCUGUCUGGUGGCUGCUGCAGUGCAGGCCGACCCCCACGACCCUCAGGAGCUCGAGCAGCAGCAGCAGCAGCAGCAGCAGCAGCAACAGCAGCAGCAGCAGCAGCAGCAGGGAUGGGCAGUGCAGCGUGUAGAGGCGUACGACGAGCUGCAGCGGAAAUUUCGUGGGGCCCAUUUUGGCCGCCCAAGGCGGAGCAGCAGCAAUUUGCUUGCGCGGCGCUUCAGGGUCACCUUGCAGCACCCACGGCAGCAGCAGCAGCAGCAACAGCAGCAGCAGCAGCAGCAGCAACUGCUGCUGCUGGCUGCCUUCCCAGUGCUGCCCGCUGCGCUGCGGCAGUGGAGGGUGUCGCUACAGUGUAACGGUUUCUGUGCUACUUUCGCGCAUGCUGCAGCAGCAGCAGCAGCAGCAGCAGCAGCGCCUGCAGCAGCUGCUGCAGCAGCAGGGCUGUAUCCGUUUGACGCUUUGGGUCUCGAGGCCCCUGCAAUGGAAGCAGCAGCAGAGUCUCUGCACCUGUCGCUGCAGCAUGUGGCUCCUGUAGCUGCAGUCGCAAGUGCUGCUGCUGCUGCUGACCCUGCUGCUGCUGCUGGUCUUGCUGCUGCAGGGGGCGUUGCUUUGCUGCUGAACCUGCAGCAGCUAAGGGCCCGGGUGCAGCACCCCUCUACUCUGCAGCCGCUGCAGCUGCUGCACUGCCCUGCAGUCGCUGUGCACGCAGCAGUAGCAGCAGCAGCAGAAACAGCAGCAGCAGCAGCAGCAGGACUCGUUUCUCUUGUUCCUGCGCUCUCCAAGCUAGAGCCAGGUGGUGCUGCAGUGGGUUUGCUGCUGCAGCAGCAGCUGACUGUACAUCUGGAUGCGCUGCGUUUAUGGCGCGCUGUAGCAGCAGCAGAAGCAGUUGCUGCUACGUUCGCCAAGGAAGAAGACCUGCCGCAGCAGCAGCAGCAGCAAGAGCAGCAGCAGCAGCAGCAACAGCAGCAGCAGAAAGCCCAUCCUGAAGCAGCAGCACUGCAGCAAGUGCCCCCCCACGUGCCUUUGCUGCUGACGAAUCUGCUGCCUGUUCCUCUGCUGCUGCAGCAGGGGUCCUUUGGCGGCUCGCUGCUGCUGCCUCCAGGUGCAGCAAAAGCAGCUUUCUGGUGUGUCCCUCCAGCUUACCCCAGCAGCAGCAGCAGCAGCAGCAGCAGCAAGGAAAGGAUGUCGCUGCGGUUCGCUCUCGCUUGCGGUGGCGGCUGGUCGGCUCCUGUAUUUCCUGCUGCUGCUGCUGCUGCGUCUGCUGCUGGAGCUGCUGCUGUGCGCUGGGAGCCACUGCUGCUGCCAGCAGCCUCAGGGACCUCUUGUGUCGUCUUGCUGCCGAGAUGCGGCAGCAGCAGCAACAGCAGCAGCAGCAGCAGCAGCAGCAGAGUGAGCUACAGAGUGUGGUUUGGGGUGUGCAGCCGCACGCCGCUGCAAGUGUGCUGCUUCAUUUGCCCUCCGCUGCUUCUGCAGCAGCAGCAGCUAAUGCUGCCACUGCUAUUUCGCACCCAUAUAGGCGAGCAGCAGCAGCAUCAUGCGGAACGGCAGCAGCAGCAGCAGCAGCAGCAGCAGCAGCAUGGCGACUUUGGCCUGUGCUUCCAGAGAGAAGUACCAUCAUUACACAUGCUGCUGAGGCUGCUGCUGCCGAAGCAACAGCAGGAGCAGCAGCUGCUGCCGCUGCAGCAAGGCCAAAGUGCGCUGCAGCAGCGAGAGGGCCCAGCAGGUGCAUGUGAAGACCAGCAGCAGCAGCAGCAGCAGCAGCAGCAGCAGCAGCAGCAAGAAAUGCAGCACACACUAGGUUCCAUUUACACUAGCAGUGCUCGCGAUAACAGCGUGCAGUUGCAGCAGGUGCUGUUACAGCAGCAGCAGCAGCAGACGCAGAAGCAGCAGCAGCAUGCAGAACAGCAGCAACAGCAGCAAGAACAACAGGACUUCGACUGGGCAGCAACAGCAGCAGCUGUGGGUCAACUGGGCCCGUCUGCUGCUGCAGCUGCUGCAAUCUUGCCGCCUGCUGCUGCUCCCUUGUCUGUGUCCUUGUCACUUCAAGCUCGUCAUGCAGCAGCAGCAGCAGCAGCAGCAGCAGUAGCUCCUGCUGCUCCUGGCAGCUUCGGGGGCCUCACAGGGCCCCUGCUGCUGCUGCAGGCAGCUAACGGGCAGGAGCAGCAGCAUCCGAGACGGCAGCAGAGCUUCCUGCGGUGGCUGCAGCAGCAGCCAGGGCAGCAGCAGCAGCAGCAGCAGUUUCGGGCGGGUUUCGUUAUGCUUCCUUCGGCGCCCCCUGAGGAGCCGCAGCAGCAACACGACCAGCAGCAGCAGCUGCAACGGCAGCAGCAGCUGCAGCAACAGCAGCAGCAAGAACAGGAGCAGAGCACUGCUUGCCUCUUCUGCUACGCUGGCAGUGUGGACGUCGACAGCUUUGAGUGCAGCAGCAGCAGCAGCAGCAGCAGCAGCAGCAGCAGCAGGGGCCCGCUGAUGCUGCGGAUGCGCCCGGCGCUGUGUGUGAGCAACAAAACCAGCAGCAGCUUGCUGCUGCAGCUGCAGGGCACAUCGUGCAGCAACUAUUCUGCGGUGUGUGUGCAGCUUAUCGACGCUUCUGUGCCUCAGUUGUUGGCUGCAGCAGUUCACAUAGUAGGUCCUGCUGCAGGAGCAGGAGCAGCAGCAGCAGCAGCAGCAGCAGAACAGCAGCAGCAGCAGAGUCCCGCCAUGGACAAUCUGCUGUUGUCGCUGCAGCCCAUCCCACUUGCUGAGGCAGCCGCAGGUGCUUCCGCAGCUGCUGCUGCCUCGCCGUCUGCUGAGGCAGCAGCAGAAAAGAGCAGCAACAAAUCAGCUGCUCUUUCUGCUGCUGCAGCAGAAGCUUUUGUCUGCGCGUGGACAGCUCUAGCUCUCACUAAGC